AUGUUGUUCAGCAAGAACCGAAAUCAUUCCACCGACGGUGAAGAACCGACGACUCCUCACAAACAGGAGAGGCCUCUCUCUUGCAUGAUUUUCUUCUUCGCAUCUCAGAUGUUAAGUAAUCUGGAAGCACGGUCGGCAUCUUCAGAAUCGACAGCUGAAGCUGGAGUUUUACCCAAGAAAGCUCACCGAUUGGAUGUUCUGCUUGCAGAGGUAGGGGAACAUGCAAAUCGCAGCCCUUACGUUACACGCUUCGAGCCAAUCCCGGUUGAAAUGUCACCUCCCGGUCGACCUAAGGGCACAUCUCGUGACGAGAUGCAUGAUGUUCUCUUGCUAGCCAGCUUCAAGAACAAAAGUGCUUGGCAAAAAUGGAUUGAAACUCCAGAAUGGCAGCGAUUUAUGCAGAGGACAGAGAAUGAAGGCGUCUUCCGGCGCAUCCCGCAUGUUCGAUUCGGCGAUAUUCAAUUCUUCACCGGCAGUCACGGCAUGGCAGUCGGUGUUUUAAGGUCGACAUUUCCCGAGGCCUCUAAUUUGCAAAGCCGUUGA